CGGCCAGUCGUGAAGUGGGCACCGCAGUGUCCACGAAGCAGGUUCGAUCCCCGACAACACGUACAACAUGGCACCGAUCCUGGGCGCAGAAGACCGUCUGACGUCGGGUCACCGGCUGUCGCACCCGCCGCCCGGCGAGGAGAUCCUCAUCUCCGGCAUCUCCGGCUACUUCCCCGACUCCGACUCCGUCAAACAUCUCGAGGAGAACCUCUUCAAUAAGGUGGACCUAAUAUCAGGUGACGGCAGGCGAUGGAAGCUCGCCCACCCCGAGAUCCCACAGCGGACGGGCAAGAUCAACAAUGUGAACAAGUUCGACGCGUCCUUCUUCGGGGUCCACUUCAAGCAGGCCCACACCAUGGACCCCAUGUGCAGGAUACUGCUGGAGAAGGCGUACGAGGCUGUUAUUGAUGCUGGGCUGAACCCCAAGGAGCUCCGCGGUACCAAAACCGGUGUAUUCGUGGGCGCCUGCUUCUCCGAGUCCGAGAAGACCUGGUUCUACGAGAAGAUGCAGGUCAACGGAUUUGGUGUCACAGGAUGUUCCCGUGCCAUGUUGGCCAACCGCAUAUCUUACUGGCUGGGCGUGACCGGUCCCUCCUACACCGUGGACUCCGCCUGCUCCAGCUCGCUGUACGCCAUGGAGCACGCCUUCCGCGCCAUCCGAGACGGCCACUGCGACGCCGCCAUCGUCGGUGGAUCCAACCUGUGUCUCCAUCCUUAUGUGUCGCUCCAGUUCUCUAGAUUGGGUGUGCUGUCAGCGGACGGAAGAUGCAAGAGUUUCGACAACAGCGCCAACGGUUACGCGCGUUCAGAGGCCAUCGUCGUCUGCUUGCUGCAGAAAGCCAAGGACUCCAGAAGAGUAUACGCACAGCUGUUGCACGCUAAGACGAACUGCGACGGCUACAAGGAGCAGGGCAUCACGUACCCCGCCGGCAACAUACAGAAGCUGCUGCUGUCGGAGUUCUACGAGGAGUGCGCCAUCCCGCCGUCCAGCUUGGAGUUCGUGGAGGCUCACGGCACUGGUACCAAAGUAGGAGAUCCAGAAGAAUUGAAGGCCAUCGACGAAAUCUUCUGCACUGGCCGCUCCAAGCCGCUCUUGAUCGGUUCCAUCAAAUCCAAUUUGGGACACAGCGAACCUGCUUCUGGACUUUGCUCUAUUGCCAAGAUGUGUAUCGCCUAUGUGACCGGCUACCUCCCACCGAACUUGCACUACAAGACCCCUAGAGAGGGUGUCGUGGCCCUCGCUGAGAACCGCCUGCAGGUGGUCACAGAGAAGACGCCGUGGAACAGAGGCAUGGCUGGUGUCAGCAGCUUCGGCUUCGGUGGUGCCAACGCCCACAUCCUGCUGAAGAACUUCGCUAAAGACAAGGUCAACAAUGGUCUUCCAUCAGACGACCUGCCACGUUUAGUCUGCGCAUCAGGACGUACCGAAUCGGCAGUAGCCAAGAUUCUGGAUGACUUAGCGUCGAGGCCUGUAGAUGUAGAACUUAUCAGACUGCUCCACUCCAUCCACAAUGAAGACAUCAACGGCCAUGUUGUCAGAGGAUACACUCUUUUAGGUUCAACUCCGUCCAAGAGCGUAGUACUUUCCCGUGAAAUUCGCUACUUCUCUGGCGUCCGCCGUCCACUGUGGUUCGUAUACUCCGGCAUGGGCUCCCAAUGGGCGGGUAUGGCGACCCACCUCCUCCGCAUCCCCGUCUUCGCCGCAGCCAUCGAAAAGUGCCACAAGAUCCUUGAACCCAAAGGCAUCAACCUGAUGAAGAUCGUCACUGAAAACGAUCCCAAAAUCUUCGACAACAUUCUCAACUCCUUUGUCGGUAUCGCUGCUAUUCAAAUCGGUAUCACUGAUGUCUUGAAGACUAUUGGCAUCGAACCGGACUUCAUCAUUGGCCACAGUGUCGGUGAAUUGGGUUGCGCGUACGCCGAUGGCUGCUUCACCGCAGAACAGAUGAUCCUCGCCGCCUACUACAGAGGUCUGGCUUCCAUCGAGUCCAAACUUAUCAAGGGCUCCAUGGCCGCAGUAGGCCUUGGUUACAACAAAAUCAAACCAAUGUGCCCACCGGAGAUCGAGGUAGCUUGCCACAACGGCCCUGAAUCCAGUACAAUCUCAGGCCCCGCUGACAAGAUGAAGGCCUUCGUAGCCCAGCUGGUUGCUCAGGGCAUCUUCGCCAAAGAGGUCAACUGCUCCGGCAUCGCUUACCAUUCGCGUUACAUCGCUGAGGCUGGCACAAGGCUCCUGAAAUACCUUCGUGAGAUCAUCCCGACACCGAAGCACCGCUCCGACCGCUGGCUGUCCACCUCCGUGCCGCAGGCGCAGUGGAAGGACCCCAAAGCUGAGACCUCGUCAGCUGAAUACCACACCAACAACUUGCUGAGCCAAGUACUCUUCGAGGAGACCACUCGCCUGAUCCCGGACAACGCGAUCACGGUCGAGAUCGCCCCCCACGGGCUGCUGCAGGCGAUCCUGCGCCGCUCCCUGCCCAAGGACGUGGUCAACAUACCGCUCACGGAGAAGAAACACCACGACAAUGCGGAGUACCUGUUCACCGCCAUCGGAAAACUGUACGAGCUGGGCUUGAACCCGCACCUAGCCAACAUCUAUCCCCAUGUGCCAUUCCCGGUAUCACAGGGCACGCCUAUGCUUGGACAUCUGGUGGAAUGGGAGCACAGCGAAGAUUGGUACGUCACAUCAUACAAGGCUCAAGAGAAGAUGAAGUCUGGAGAGAGAACUGUGAGAAUGUCGAUCGUAGAUGAAGACAGCGAGUAUUUGGCUGGUCACGUCGUUGAUGGCCGUAACCUGUACCCUGCUACUGGCUACUUGGUGCUGGUGUGGGAGACGCUGGGUAUGAUGAUGGGAGAGCUCUUCACCGAGGUGUCUGUGGUCUUCGAGAACGUCCGCUUCCAGCGUGCCACCAACAUACCCAAGGAAGGAAACCUGGAGUUCAUCAUCAUGAUCCAGAAGGGCAGUGGACUCUUUGAGAUCGUGGAAAGCGGUGCGUCCAUCGUGACAGGUCGUAUCUACGCCAAGAAGAACGUGGGUCGCGACUACCGCGUCAUCCCACCCCCGCCGGAGUCCAGCGGACCCAACGUAAAGCAUCUGCUGACCAAGGACUUCUACAAGGAGCUCAGGCUGAGAGGAUACCAAUACAGUGGUCUAUUCCGUGGCGUCAUCGGCUGCAACGUCGAGGGUACGCGUGGGCGCCUCGCCUGGGUCAACAACUGGGUGACCUUCAUGGACUGCAUGCUGCAGCUGCAGCUGGUCGGACAGGACACCCGCGGGCUGUUCGUCCCCACCAGGAUUGAGAGGCUCUGCAUUGACGCCACCAUGCACUACGAGGCCAUCUCCAAGAUGAACCCUGAGUCCAGCAAGCAGUCCUUUGAAAUCAGGGUCUAUCCUUAUGUGGAUGUUAUCAGAGCUGGUGGUGUAGAGAUCCGUGGUCUCCACGCUACUCCGAUCACCAGGAAGUUACCAUUGGGUAUCCCCGUUUUGGAGAAGAACGAGUUCGUUGCUAACUUUGAGAAGAAGAAGAUGUCGGUAGAUGACAUUCUCAGAGCGGAUAUUCAGUUGAUCCUCGAGAAUCUUCAAACAUACAAAGUGAAAGCGAUCGAGCUGGUCGAUGAUGAUUACAAGAACCACAACAUGAAGCCGGUGAUCGAAACCGUCCAGGACAUCCUAGGUGACCUGCCGCUGGUGCAGCCGGAGUUGUUGGUGGUAUCGGAGAACCCAUUAGAACUGCCCCAACAUAUUCCAGUGGAGAACAAAAAGUUCUUUGCGGAGUCAAACGUCGUAUUGUUCGUUGGUGCAAACUUGUUGCAACGCCCUGAGGCUUUGAAACAAGUCCUCGGAACCCUUCGUGACAAAGGUUUCAUCAUCAGCAGAGAAAAGGUAAAGCCUGAUCCUAAGGCGUACGCCGACAAGAUCGACAUCAUCUCUAUUCAAGACAGCGGUGAGGAGUACCUCGUUCUGCUGAGAAAGAGAAUCGGUUCCAAGCCAGCCAUAUUCGUCAAGGUUUCCUUGGCUGACCAGACCUACGCUUGGAUCGAAGUGGUUAAAGAAGCGCUCAAAUCCGGACAAAAAGUCGUCAUAUUUGACGAAGGAGAGGAAAUUAACGGUCUACUUGGUCUGGUCAACUGUUUGCGGAAGGAACCGGGUGGUGAGGUGGUCCAUGGGUUCCUCAUCGCCGACCCCUCGGCCCCACCGUUCAACCCAGAUUUGGAGUUCUACGAGGAGCAACUAGACAAGGAUCUGGCUAUCAACGUUUACAAAGACGGCCAAUGGGGAACAUACAGGCACUUGCUGUUGGGAGACUUGGAGAGGAUCGACGCCUACCACGGCUUCGUGAAUACCACCACCAUCGGAGAUCUGUCCGCACUGAAGUGGCUCGAGGGCCCUAUCAGACCUGAUACCGUGUUCGACAAAAAGGGCCAGACCUUGAUUUCUAUCUACUGCUCUGCGCUGAACUUCCGUGACGUGAUGACGGCGAUCGGUCGUGUGACAGUUGACGCGGUGGCUCGCGGCCGUCUGGCGCAGGAGUGCGUGCAGGGCUUCGAGAUUGUCGGCAGGACGCCCAAUGGUUCCCGUGUGAUGGCCAUGGUACCGAACAGCGGCUGCUCCAACUUGGUGCUGGCGGACAAGGCCCUCACUUGGUCCAUCCCCGACGAGUGGACCUUCGAGGAGGCCGCCACUGUGCCCGUCGCUUAUGGUACCGUGUACUACGCCAUGGUGAUGGUAGGUCGUCUCAAGCGCGGCGAGUCUGUCCUCAUCCACGCCGGCUCGGGCGGUGUGGGCCAGGCCGCCAUUAACGUCGCUCUGUUCUACGGCUGCGAGGUCUUCACCACCGUCGGUACUCCCGAGAAGAGAGCCUUCCUGAAGAAACUCUUCCCGCAACUAAAAGACUCCCACAUCGGCAACUCCCGUGACACGUCAUUCGAGGACAUGAUCCGCCGCGAGACCAACGGCCAGGGUGUGGACAUCGUGCUCAACUCCCUCGCCGAUGAGAAGCUGCAGGCGUCUGUCCGCUGCCUGGCGUACCGCGGUCGGUUCCUGGAGAUCGGCAAGUUCGACAUCAGCAACAACACUCCCAUCGGCAUGUACUUCCUGCUCAAGGAGACUUCCUUCCACGGCAUCAUGUUGGACUACGUCUUCGAACAGAACUACGAGUUCAGAGCCACUCUGCAAGACCUGCUGCUCAGCGGCAUCGAGUCUGGCGCUAUCCGUCCACUGACAUACUGCACCUUCGAGAAGGAUGAGGUGGAGCAGGCCUUCAGAUACAUGGCCGCCGGCAAACACAUCGGAAAGGUCAUUAUCAAGAUCCGUGAGGAGGAAAAGACCCCAGUUUGUGGACAGCCAGAGCCUCUUAUCAUGAAGGUCCUGCCAAGAUACAUCUGCAACAAGGAUUUCGUGUACGUGAUCGUGGGCGGUCUGGGUGGUUUCGGUCUGGAGCUGGCGGACUGGCUCAUCCUGCGCGGCGCCCGCAAAGUGCUGCUCACCUCGCGCCGCGGUAUCUCCAACGGCUACCAGGCCUCCAGACUCAGGGCGUGGGCCGGCUACGGCGCCGACGUCCAGAUCUCCACUCACGACAUCACGUCAGAAUCCGGCUGCGAGGCCAUGCUCAAGAUGGCCAACGCCAUGGGCCCCGUCGAGGCGGUAUUCAACUUGGCGGUGGUCCUCAAGGACGCGCUGUUCCAGAACCUCACCCCGGAGCAGUUCAUUGCCUCCUUCGCGCCGAAAGCCAGGGCUACGAUGUACCUGGAUACCCUGACGCAGAAGAUGUGCCCCUCGCUCAAGGACUUCGUGGUGUUCUCGUCAGUGUCAUGUGGUCGCGGCAACUCCGGUCAGACCAACUACGGUCUGUCCAACUCCGUGAUGGAGAGGAUCUGCGAGGCGCGCAAGAAGCGAGGUCUGCCCGCGCUCGCCGUGCAGUGGGGAGCCAUUGGUGAUGUGGGCAUAGUAGCGGACAUGCAGGACGAGGACGUCCAACUGGAGAUCGGUGGUACGCUCCAGCAGCGCAUAUCUUCGUGUCUGUUGGCGCUGGACAAGUUCCUGAAGCAGGACGCCGUCAUCGUGUCCUCGCUAGUGGUUGCCGAGAAGAAGGCCGGUGGCUCCGGCUGCGGCAGCAUCGUCGAUGCUGUUGCGCAGAUCAUGGGUAUCAAGGAUCUAAAGACGGUAUCGCAGCAGGUGUCCCUCGCCGAGCUGGGUAUGGACAGUAUGAUGGCGGUGGAGAUCAAGCAGACGCUGGAGAGAGAGUUCGAGAUCUUCCUCACGGCACAGGACAUCAGGACGCUCAGUUUCGCCAGACUAGUGGAGCUGACCGCACAGAAGGAAGCCGCCGCGUCGCCCGCCGCCGCCGCCGCGUCCGCCGACAACAGCACCGCCGGCAUCCGCGUCAUGAUACGCAACUUCGGCGACGAGCAGAAGGCGAUGGAGCCCUUCGUCUACUUGCCCACCAUGGUCAGCGACGGCACAGAUAGCGACGUUACGGUUCACGAGGAUGAACGGAUAAUGUUCGUGAUCCCCGGUCUGGAGGGCACGGCGGCCGCCAUGGCGCCGCUGUGUCGCCGGCUCAAGGUCAAGGUGUGCGUGCUGCAGCUGGGUGUCGAGGUCAAGAACGACACCAUGGAAGCCAUGGUCGCCAGGCUCUACCAGACAAUCAAAUCCCGUCUCCUUCCUGGAGCCCCGUACAUCAUGCUGGGGUACAGUUUCGGUACUCUGCCCAUGAUGAAGCUCGCCAGUAUUUUGGAAAGCGAAGGUCACAGCGGGCAGCUGUUCUGCAUCGACGGCAGCCCGGAGUACAUCUACAACAUCCUCACCAACACCAUCGCGUUCAACACGGACGCCCACCUCCAGAACAGUCUCAUCUGCCACUGCAUCAACAUGGUGUCGCCAAAGAACGAGAUGAUCCCCGAAAUCGAGGCGAAACUAGAAAAACUCAACACAUUCGACGAGAAGAUCGACUUCGCCAUCUCCAACUCGCCCUGGCACCCCAACUACACCAACGCCUUCAUCGGCUGGAUGGCCAGGUGCGCCUUCGACCGUCUCAAGAUCGUCCUCAACCACAGCGACUCAGUCAUCUCCGAGAAGCUCAAGGCGCCCAUCACCCUGCUCCGGCCCAAGGAGAACUUGAGCGACUUCAUGGCGGAGGUCAAUUACGGCCUCGACAAGCUCACGGAGGCGGAAGUCAAAGUCCACUUCCUCGAGGGCAACCACUCCACCAUCGUCGAGAACAAGGACUGCGCCAACAUCAUCAACAGACAGGUCCUGGGACAGACGACCGAAGGCAAGGAGACCAACAAGAUCACAAGCAUGGUGGAAAAUGAGAGGCUGGUGAAGUAGAGAGAAGAUAGACGAGAAAAGAAGAGUUGAAAGCAUAAUAAUUAAUAUUCUAUCGAAGAGAAUAUUCCAAAUUGUAUUUAAUCUAAGUAAGUAUUUAUUUUACUCUGGGGUUUAAAAUAUAUUUAAUUAAGUAUACCUAAUCGUAAGCGUGUUCGUGUUUUAUUAAUUAAUGUUGUAGCUCCUAAGUUAAUUUAUGGAACUUUAAGGAUUUUUUAUUGUUUUUAAUUUAAUUUAGUUGUUAUCGUCAACAAAAAUUCCAGUACCAAAAAUAUUCAUUAAUUUGAGGUUAUAGUUGUAGACGUUUCGUUUGUUUGUGAUAAGUGAUAAGUGAAGUACAUAACUAAAGUAAUGUUUAAUUUUAAUAAACUGGGCUUAACUAUAAAUAUGGUCAUUAAAUUUUAUCACGUUUUUAAUAAAAAGUUAUUUACGAA